AUGGUCUUGCAAACACCUUUUGACGCUCUCAACGGGAGAAAUGACGACAACUGCGACAUACCUCCGCCUGCCACCCCGCCUCCAUCAGCUUCACCGCAGCCUCGCGCGGCCUUAUGGAACCCGCUGGAAGGCGACACCUCUGCUGCAAAUACCUUCUGUCCUCAGAGUCCUCUGGGUUUCAUUGACUUGAAUCGUAUGAUGAAGACUUACUUCAAAUUUGCGGAGGACGAGGAGGAGAACAAACGGGGCGAGGACCAGGAGGACGAGAGCCACCCGUCCUUGACCUGCAAUCCUCUCUCGCCGUCCGCUGUUCCGCCAACCGCGAGGACGAUUUAUUCCGUCCGUCGCCCCGACAGGAGUUCACCCACCACCUCACCCUCCCGUCAGACGGUCCAACAAUCUCGAGCCACUCCAUCGCCCCUACCUCUCUCGCACUGUCGAGUGGCACCGUCCUCACCACGGUCGCCCAAUGGGACUCAUACCCCCACCCUUAGCGGUUCUUCCUUGACCAAUUUGUCGGGAACCUCUGAAUUUGCCACGAUUCUACGCACCUACGUCGGCUCUGACGCGUCUGACGAGAGCAGCUCUGAUGAAUCGGACCUUAACGGGUCGGACGAGGACACUAUCGCCCAACGCGUCAACAAGGGCAAAGGACGCGCCAUCGAGCCGGCGCCAGGAUGGGAGGUAAACUUCGAGGCUGGAGACUUCCUCGACGACAAUCGAGAUCUCUGCGUCGACCCCCGAGAAGCGUUCGCGGUCGAGGAAGAAGACUACGCAGAUGCUGAAGAAGACACCUUUGACGAUGGCGACGAUGAUCAGGACGAUGAUCACGAAUACGUGGAGAACGACGAUGCGGAAGCUUCUCCUACGGGGCCCAGCACGAGUGCAGCGUACUACGGUGCUGGGCCCAUCACAUCUGCACCAGUCGCUUUGGGAACCCUCCAGCGACUAAACACACAAUCAUAUAUGAAUGAGGGUAGUUCAGCACUCGGAAGCGAGCAGCCAACUGUCCUCCCAUCCAAAAUCGGUGUCAAGCGGAAGAGGGAUGCCGACGACGAGGGAUCAGAUGGAGAGACAAAGGUCGUUGUGGGUCUUGGCACGCCUCUACACCAGCGUAUGUCCAACGCUGAGAUCCAGGAGGCAUACGACGGGUCGAAGCACCCGAACCCUCGGAAGACGUUGGAUGACUUCGGCUGCCGCGUUUGGCCAGGGCAGCCCGCGAAAUGGUGUUGCCACUUCUGCCCGUACGCCUUGCAAGAAAGGUCAAGCAUCAAGCGCCACGUCAAGGCGCACCACUAUGCGGGGACGCUGUCUUGUGAGCCAUACGGGUGCUUGUGCGGUGAUACAUUUGUGACAUCGCGAAGAGAGUUGUUGGAACGACAUCUGAGCACCGACUGGCGGAAUUCGAAGAGGCGGAAGACGGGGGAGCCGAAACCGAAGAACGUGAAAAGGGGGAUGGAGGGGAAGAAGGGGAAGAAAUAG